AUGUUCAGCGAAUUUAAUAAAUUGAUUAAACUUUAUUUAACUCUUCUUGUUACUACAGCAACUGCUGAACGUGCAUUUAGCACAUUAAAUCGAUUGAAAAUCAUGCUUCAAAAUUGUAUGACACAGGCACGACUUAAUCAUUGUGUAUUAACAUAUAUUUAUAAAAAAAAAAAGGUUGAUGAAAUUGAUCCAUAUCAAAUAAUGCCAACGUUUAUAGCGUCGAAUAGCAAAAGAUAA